GCGGUGGCCGCCGCCAUGCGCGGGGGCACCGGUCGGGCUCUGCCGCUGCUGCUGCUGUUGCUGGCGGCGGCGGCGGGGCCGGGAGGCGGGGAGGAGGCGAUUCAGUGCCCGCCGUGCUCGGAGGAGCGGCUGGCUCGCUGCAAAGCACCGCAGGGCUGCGCGGAGCUGGUGCGGGAACCGGGCUGCGGCUGCUGCGCGACCUGCGCCCUCGGCCGCGGCACCGCCUGCGGGGUCUACACCGCCCGCUGCGGGGCCGGGCUGCGCUGCUACCCCCCCCGCGGCGUGCCGCGGCCCCUCCACACUCUCAUGCACGGCCAGGGCGUCUGCACCGACCUGGCCGACGUCGAGGCCAUCCAGGAGAGCCUCCACCCACCAGAGAAGGAGGAGAUCGACCACCCCAACAACAGCUUCAGCCCCUGCAGCAUCCACGACCGCAAGUGCCUGCAGAAGCAGCAGGCGAAGAGAGUCAACAACGGCAACAAGAUGCGCAGCAGCGGCAGCCCCCAGCACCGCGAGGAGGCGCGGCCCAUCGCACAGGGUUCGUGCCAGAGCGAGCUGCACCGGGCGCUGGAGAGGUUGGCAGCCUCCCAGACCCGCACCCAUGAGGACCUCUACGUUAUCCCCAUCCCCAACUGCGACCGCAACGGCAACUUCCACCCCAAGCAGUGUCACCCAGCGCUGGACGGGCAGCGGGGCAAGUGCUGGUGCGUGGACCGCAAGACCGGCGUGAAGCUGCCAGGCUUCCUGGAGCUGAAGGGGGACCUGGACUGUCACCAGCUGGCAGACAGCAUGUGAGCGCCACCCCGGUGCCCCCCGCCGUGCCCAGGACACCCAGGGGCGCCGCACAGGCCGGGAGGAGAGGAGGGGAGGUGGCUGCGGAGCGGCUCCCCGCUGCCGCAGGACCCUUGGCACGCUCCCCGCGCCGCCGCCGUGCUCUGCGCCACAGGCUGCCCCUGGCACGGGGCAUGGCACCGCUGCCCGCGCCCUGACCACUAACUGCCACUGCUGAGGGGCCCCUGGCACGCCCCAGCGGCUCCUCCACCCGCACGGACACUUUCUUGGACAGAUGCUGCCCUGGGGCUGGUGCCAGGCUGCCCAGGUGCAGUGGGGGAACAGCACCCAUGAUGCCACUGCUCGCCUGCCCUGAGGUGACCCCCC